AUGCCACGGCGGGACGCUCAGGUUCACAAGACGAUCUCCCGUCUCCUUCGCGGUUCAAACAAGCCUCCUCCAAUAUGGUACGGCGCCAUGCUAGCCUAUCCGCCCACAUCCCCACCGCCGCUCAAACUACAGAACCAAAAACGACGUGCCUUCGACCUUUCACCGAACGUCACCCCUAGUCAGCUUCUCGACAAGCGACCGGUGAACAUCGUCUAUCCCGAAGAUCGCCUGAGACAGCAGUUCUUCAAGGACCACCCUUAUGAAGCAUUCAGGGCGAAGAACCUCGUGGAAAGCAGGGAGGUGGGUGAGGAGGCGAUCAACGGGCCCGAAUGGCAGAGGCUUGUGCAGAGGGGGAGGAACCCUACACCAGAGGACUGCAUUCAAUACUCGCUUAACCUGCAUCAAACCAUGCAUAUGCCACUCUCUGACGCGUAUCGCUCAGCCGUACAUCAAUAUCGUGCCCUGCGUGCUGAACACGCCAUAAUGCGUUCCUUUGCAUGCGCCGAGGCAGACGCGUACGGUGCUGAAUUUAGUUCGUACGAGUUCGAUCGCUUACAUCGAAUGGAAGAGGCCGAACUUGAGAAAUGGCGUCUAGCACAGCAGGGCGAGAAGGAAAGGCUGGCAAGAAACAAGAAGUGGACUGCCACCCCUAACAUUCCGCCCGCGGAGUGGAGCGCGGGAGACAUAUACAUGCAGCGCCUGAGGCAAGGAGGAGGGCCCAGGCUCAGAAGCGAAAUCGUGUACCCGGAGUCGGGCAUCAACUCAGCAGAGACGACUCAAACACAGGUUGUGGAUACGUUUUUGGCUGAUGGGAGCAGGCUGAGGACGGAGGAUGACGAGGAUAUAUUGUAUGAUCGGCGUGGGCAUCGGAACGACAUACAUGCACCAACGUUCUGAGACGUGGUGAGAUUUAGAAUUAC